ACUUGAGCGGAGAAGAACUGUCCGGCCUCAAUUAGUAUUCACACGAGAGCAUUGAUCGCUUCAAGGUCUCGCUGCACUCUUCAGACAGUUGUAAUACAGGUUUUUUGUUUAGGGAAUAGAAGGAACGUUUGCGGCAACGCCGGCCUAAACAGGAAUAAGAUUCUCGCUUUCAUUCGGUGAGAGGAUCAUCGAUGAAUGAGUAACAUGUGUAGGAAAUUCAGACAGUUAAUUCUAUUACUUCUUGUGUUUGUUUGUGUACUUGGUAUUAUUGUGGUUGUUUCUGUGAAACAUGUGAUGCAUCGCGAUGGGGGAGGGCAAGUACAGUACGAUAAAAUUGCAAUGCGCGAGUUGGAAGCGCGAAAUAGCAGGAGAAUACGAAAACUUGAAGAGACGUGUAAAAGUUAUAAUUUGGGAUUUUAUCAAGUGGAAGCACAGAGGGAGAUGAUAAAAUAUCCGCCAGCACCUCAAUAUUCAGUAUUUUACAUCGACACAAUUCAUAAAAUAUCGUACUGCCCGAUCUACAAAGCCGGCUCGACAACAUGGCUGCACAAUCUUUGCCUUCUGAUGAACAUAUCCGAGACUGAGCUGAGAAAAACCAAAGAUCAGAUAUCGACAAUAGCCCGACGCCUAAUACCCGAGAUGGAUUAUCCGGAAGCCGAGGAGGUCGUUGAAAAUACAAUGCCAAACAAGUACCCUUUCUUCGCAUUCACCACUUUCCGCCCCCAAAGUCAACUGUUUCCACAUAUCAAUUUCUUCAUCUUCUUUCUUUUCUUUAUCCUCCAGGCGAUGAGGGAUACCACAAAAUUUCUGGUCGUUCGCCAUCCCUUCGAGAGACUGUUGAGUGCUUAUCGGGACAAACUCGAGAACUCGAUGGCAGGGAGGGAGCAUGGUACACUGCAUUUUUAUCGGAAAUACGGAGCUACGAUUGUCCAGAAAUACCGAGAUGACAGUUUUAUACCCCCGAGGGAGGAUCAAGUUAUCCACCGAGAGGGUGUUUCAAGGCCCACCGGUAUAGAGCCAACUUGGCGAGAAUUUGUUGAGUAUCUAAUUGACACUGAUUUAGGAAGUUAUGGGGACGAUCACUGGAUGCCGUACUAUCUCUAUUGCACCCCCUGUUCCGUUAAUUACACAAUCAUCGCAAAGGUGGAGACCUUGAACGAUGAUCAGACCUUCGCAAUUCAGCGGAUGGGAUUGGCCAGCAAGAUAAAACCCAUGUGGAGGCACAGUGGAGGCCAAUCAGAUGCCUCGAGUGUCUAUUUCAGUCAAUUAACACCUGAUCACAUAACUCAGCUGUACGAGAAGUUUAAACUGGACUUCGAGAUGUUCGAUUACACUCCAGACAGCUACUACCAAUACUCAGAGGACAUUUAAUGAGUUAUCAAUGAGGAUUGGAUAAUGGUGGGAUUACAUUGUCCCAGUGGUGAUCUGUAGGGGUGAAUUACCCCGUUUGAAGCAUUAAAAUAAUGUUUAAGAAUAAAAAAUGUCCGCCCGUCUUGGUGUUUCACAAACUUUCGAGUGGGCAAAAUGGGGUGGGGUUGAAUGGGGCGGUGAAAUCGAUCGACCCAGUUUACUGUCCGGCUUUAUAUCAAAGCGAUCUCGGCCGAACUUUGAAUGAAGUAUUCGAGAUAUGGAUUUCGUAUGCGAUUGUCAUCAUCGUCGCAUGCCUCAACCAUUCAACAUUUCGAAGUAGUGUGAUUUAUUCUCCGUCGUUACACCCUGAAUACCAUGAAUAUGAUGGAUUCAACUACCGCGAGAUCAUUAUCGAGACUAUUAUUGAAUUAGGACAGUUUCGAAAUUUUCAAGUUGGGCUAAUGAAAGAUAUUUAUAUUCCAUCCGAUAGGUGGGAGAAUUUCCGAUUCAAAACACGAGUGUUGAAUCCCUUUUGCCCCUAUUAUUGCUCAGAUAUUUUUAAUAUAUUGUUGUCUCAGGGAAAUAGCCCCUGAAUAUCUCGACUGCUAUCGGAUGAAGAAGGGCCUGGGACCAGUGCAUGGGAAUU